GUUCCCGGAUCGGGCGCCCGCCGCAGCAGCAGGCCGACGAGGAGGCGAGUGCGGGAGCCUCCGCCCAGCAGCUCCAAUCCAGGAGCGCAAGCGUCUGAGCCGCACGCGCCCGCAGCAGCGCAGCGGCAGAGCGACGGUGACACGGCGGGAAAUGACGGACAACAUCCCGCUGCAGCCGGUGCGGCACAAGAAGAGACACGACAACAGGCACAAAAGCGGAUGCUGCCCGUGGUCGAGAUGCUGUGGCAUGGGCGACUUCCGGCCCCGCACGGUGUGGCUGGGGCGCCCCGACAAACGGGAGCAGCGCUACCCCCGGAACGUCAUCAACAACCAGAAGUACAACUUCUUCACCUUCCUACCUGGGGUGCUCUUCAAUCAGUUCAAGUACUUCUUCAACCUGUACUUCCUGCUCUUGGCCUGCUCCCAGUUUGUGCCGGAGCUCCGGCUGGGCGCUCUCUACACUUACUGGGUUCCCUUGGGUUUUGUCCUGAUUAUUACAAUUGUGCGUGAGGCCGUGGAGGAAGUGAGAUGUUUCCUUCGGGACAAGGAAGUGAAUUCGCAGAUCUACAGUAAACUGUCUCCCAGAGGCACGGUCAAGGUGAAGAGCAGCGGCAUUCAGGUGGGAGACCUCAUCAUCGUCGAGAAGAACCAGCGCGUUCCCGCCGACAUGAUUUUCCUGCGGACUUCGGAGAGAAACGGAUCCUGUUUCCUGCGGACGGACCAGCUGGAUGGCGAGACGGACUGGAAGCUGCGCCUGCCUGUGGCCUGCACCCAACGGCUGCCCACUGCCGCGGAUCUCCUCCAGAUCCGGUCGUUUGUGUACGCCGAGGAGCCCAACAUCGACAUCCACAAUUUUGUGGGCACCUUCACCCGGGAGGAUGGGGACCCCCCUGUGAACGAGAGCCUCAGCAUUGAGAACACCCUGUGGGCCAGCACAGUCAUCGCCUCCGGUACCGUGGUGGGUGUGGUCAUCUACACAGGCAAGGAGCUCCGCAGCGUGAUGAACACGUCCAAAUCCAGACACAAGGUGGGGUUGUUUGACCUAGAGGUCAACUGCCUCACCAAGAUCCUGUUCGGGGCUCUGGUCGUGGUGUCCCUCGUCAUGGUGGCCCUGCAGCACUUUGCCGGUCGCUGGUACCUGCAGAUAUUCCGCUUUCUGCUGCUCUUCUCCAACAUCGUGCCCAUCAGCUUGCGUGUGAAUCUGGACAUGGGAAAAAUGGUGUUCAGCUGGAUGAUCAGACGAGACUCCAAGAUCCCUGGCACGGUGGUGCGAGCCAGCACCAUCCCCGAGCAGCUGGGCCGCAUCUCCUACCUUCUUACUGACAAGACUGGUACCCUCACUCAGAAUGAAAUGGUGUUCCGGCGCCUCCAUCUGGGAACUGUAGCCUAUGGGAUGGACUCGAUGGAUGAGGUGCAGAGCCACGUGUUCAGCGCUUACACCCAGCCCACCCACGAACUCCCAGCCACCAGGGCACCCGCUGCCACGAAGGUGCGCAAGACCAUCAGCAGCCGGGUGCAUGAGGCUGUGAAGGCCAUCGCGCUGGUGCACAAUGUGACACCUGUGUAUGAGUCCAAUGGCGUGACGGACCAGGCUGAGGCCGAGCAGCACUAUGAGGACGCCUGCCGGGUCUACCAGGCUUCUAGUCCCGAUGAGGUGUCGCUGGUGCAGUGGACAGAAAGCGUGGGCCUCACUCUGGUUGGCAGGGACCAGUCCUCCAUGCAGCUGAGGACCCCCACUGGGCAGAUCCUGAACUUCACCAUCCUGCAGAUUUUCCCAUUCACCUACGAGAGCAAGCGCAUGGGGAUCAUAGUGCGGGAUGAAUCUACCGGGGAAAUCACUUUCUACAUGAAGGGUGCAGACGUUGUCAUGGCAGGCAUUGUCCAGUACAAUGACUGGCUGGAGGAGGAGUGUGGGAACAUGGCACGAGAAGGUCUGAGGGUCCUGGUGGUUGCCAAGAAGUCUUUAACAGAAGAGCAGUACCAGGACUUUGAGGCGCGCUAUGUCCAGGCCAAGCUGAGCGUCCACGACCGCUCCCUGAAGGUUGCUACGGUGAUCGAGAGCCUGGAGAUGGAGAUGGAGCUGCUGUGCCUGACGGGGGUGGAGGACCAGCUGCAGGCGGACGUACGGCCGACGCUGGAGAUCCUGCGCAACGCUGGUAUCAAGGUGUGGAUGCUGACGGGGGACAAGCUGGAGACGGCCACAUGCACGGCUAAGAACGCGCACCUGGUGACCCGAAACCAGGACAUCCACAUCUUCAGACCUGUGACCACACGUGGAGAGGCCCACCUGGAGCUGAACGCCUUCAGGAGGAAGCACGACUGCGCCCUCGUGAUAUCAGGGGACUCGCUGGAGGUGUGUCUCAAGUUCUAUGAGUAUGAGCUCAUGGAGCUGGCAUGCCAGUGCCCGGCUGUGGUGUGCUGUCGCUGCGCGCCCACACAGAAGGCUCAGAUCGUCCGGCUGCUGCAGGAGCGCACAGGAAAGCUCACCUGCGCUGUUGGGGAUGGAGGAAACGACGUGAGCAUGAUCCAGGAAGCAGACUGCGGCGUGGGGGUGGAGGGGAAGGAGGGGAAGCAGGCCUCUCUGGCCGCCGACUUCUCCGUGACUCAAUUCAAGCACUUGGGCAGACUGCUCAUGGUCCACGGGCGGAACAGCUACAAGAGGUCGGCCGCCCUCAGCCAGUUCGUCAUCCACAGGAGCCUGUGCAUCAGCACCAUGCAGGCUGUGUUCUCCUCCGUGUUCUACUUUGCCUCCGUGCCGCUGUACCAAGGAUUCCUCAUUAUCGGCUACUCCACCCUCUACACCAUGUUUCCCGUGUUCUCCCUGGUCCUGGACAAGGACGUCAAGUCGGAGGUGGCCAUGCUCUACCCUGAGCUCUAUAAGGAUCUCCUCAAGGGUCGGCCUCUUUCCUUCAAGACAUUUCUGAUAUGGGUAUUAAUAAGUAUUUACCAAGGCAGCAUCAUCAUGUACGGCGCUCUGCUGCUCUUCGAGUCGGAGUUCGUGCACAUUGUGGCCAUCUCCUUCACAUCGCUUAUCCUGACGGAGCUGCUCAUGGUGGCACUAACCAUCCAGACGUGGCACUGGCUCAUGAUUGUGGCUGAGCUGCUCAGCUUGGCCUGCUACAUAGCCUCGCUCGUCUUCCUGCACGAGUUCAUCGACAUCUACUUCAUCGCCACGCUGUCUUUCGUGUGGAAGGUGACUGCCAUCACCCUGGUUAGCUGCCUACCGCUCUACAUCCUCAAGUACCUGCGCCGGAGGUUCUCCCCACCAAACUACUCCAAGUUGACCUCCUAAGUGGGCUCCGUGUCGGCGUCCCGCAGCAGUUCAGAGGGCAGCUGCUGUGACCCCCCGCAAGAGAAUGAAUUCACACAGUUGUACAGAAGCUGUCUGUUCACGUCCCCAUAUUUGUUUGUGCCGUUUUCGAGCAGAUGUAAAGUCUGCUUUCGGUCCCGUUGGUUCAGGUUGGCCGCAUGCGCCGCAAAGAUAACCGAGCUGAAACGAGGGAAACUAAACUGCGCCGUCCCAGUGAUGUCACACGUGGUGUCUCUGCAGCGCUACGGUGGUAUUACACGGAUGUUGUUUUGCUGGAUAUGGCUUCUCGAUAUUUAUUCUUCACAUCGACUGCACUUUUUAUUGAUCUCGGCAAUGAUGCGGAUCGGCCCCCUCUUCACGAGACACCCGUAGAAAAACGAGAGCACCGGAUUUAUCCCAACAACAUUUGCCACGUGUUGUUACAUCCAUCUCAAUCACUGGAACAAGUUUAUUUACACUGGACAUUUUGUGUUUAAAAAAAAUCAUUGUGCCAUUUGGAGCCACAUUGUACUGUAGGCGCUGGUAUACACUGGAAUUUACAGGCAUUGCCACUGAAUGUGUAUUUAAAUAUUUUAUAUGAAUGCAGCAUCACCUCUUCUAUUUUUGGAGCGAUUAAAUGCUGAUACUCGGUGUAAUAUAAUGUCCGUGUGCCACCUUGAAUAUUAAUUUAUUUUGCUUGUAACCUUGACAUAGAAUUUGGCUUGGUGCUUGUAAUGAAGGCUUCUUCAGUUUAAAAUGGCCUGGAGAACCUGGUACUGCAGGGCAAAUUAUGACGGGGCCCUUUUGGUCAAGUAGCCCCGGUUCGAACCCGUACAGCAGUGAUGGGCUAUGAUUUAUUCCUGUAGUGUGACUCACACUCCCAAACACCGUAAGUGGGCCGCUACUCGGGGGGAGGGGGGGCCCCUCUCUGCCAGUGUCCGCUGUGUCUGGGAAGGCUGGCCAGCACCGAGCCACAGGCUGUUUGUAUACCCCCCCUCCCACACGCACACAUACACAACCUUCCGCAACCGGUGUCCCAGAGUGCUGUGCGUGCCAGUACCAGCGCCACAGCCGUCUGCUUAGUCACCAGUGAUACAGCGUGGUGGCGGCGGCCGCCACCAUCACGGCCUGGGCACCCACCUCCAGCCACCGAACCGGGAGCCGUUUUAGAUUCCACCUCUUUACCAUGAAGUGUAGGAUGGCAAACCCCUGCGCCAGCAAAUACAGCACGCUGGUCAAACAGACCGCUAACACCAAGCGCAUCUCACAGCUAUAGAGGAAAAGGGAGAGAAAAGGGAUACCCCCCCCGCCUCCGUAUUGGGCAUUGUCAUGGAAACACAAGUGUUUUUCAGUUAUUUAAGAAGAGGGAAUUGUUUCCAUAACUUGAGCUUAUGCAUCAUAAAUACUCUCACUCACUCUCACCACACACACACACACACACACACACACACACACCCCUUCUUAAUUAAAUAGAUCCUUUCAACCAUAUGUACAGUGAGUCACACUAAGCCUGGGUGUAGAAGAUUUAAGAAUGAGAAGUAAAGUUACCACAGUGUAGGUACGCUUACCUGAAUGGAAGGGGGAGACCUCAUCCAUACUUACUGUGUGUAAAGGAUCGCGCGUUGACUCUCUCCGUCUCUUCUAAUUAACAUUGGCAUCACUAAAGUCUUUCCGUUAUUGUUAUUAAUUACUGUUGUUACCUGUUGAUUCUGAUUUGUUUUGCACUCAGUUGAAUUUUCCCGUGACCGGGUGGUGUGAAGCAGCACUGAUUUGUGGGUGCUGGUUUUGAGGACAUAGGCCAGGUCAGCAGCAUCUUCUUGUCCAAGUGUUUGUGAAGAAGAGAGUGUAGUGCAUUUCUGCUGUUCUUUUUUGUAUUUCAGUGUAUUGUGACUUUGACCAAAUGUAAAUAACAAAUUUGGCUUUUUAUUUAUUACUCUUGUCAGUAAUUGCACAGUAAGAACAAAAAAGGGACGAUUGUGCUCAUGAAUGUU